UUCGCACAACCAGCCCUCACGGAAACCUUGCCUCGCGCAAGCUCUGCUUCCCCAUUCCCUGCCACAGACACCUCGGCGCUGCUCCAAGGCGCCCGUCAAGCCCUCGUCACAUCCAGCGCAGCCCGCCCAUGGCGGAAGAACCUUCGGUGAAGAGGACCAAGACGGAGGACCUUGGUGCGGGGUCAGAGCCAGACGCCGCGGCGGCUCCGGCGGCGGCGGCGGCGGAAGAAGGGGAAAGGCCGGGCGGCGAGGUGACCGUCAAGAUACAGUCCAGAGCUCUCUGCUGCAGGAUCUGCUCCGAGCCCCUCAAGCCGCCCAUCUUCAAGUGUGCGGCUGGGCACGUUUUGUGUUCUCAGUGCCCGGAAAAGCUCCGUGAGGUUGGGCACGUUUUGAGACUGGGUACAUUCUGCGCUCUGUGUUGCAAAAGCACUAGCUAUUCCCGCUGCGUCGAGCUCGAGCAGUUCAUCGAUGCCAUGAAAGUGCCAUGCUCGAACCAAACAUACGGCUGCAACGAGUUCGUCGGCUACCAGCAGAAAGAGAAGCAUGAGAGUUCAUGCCCACAUGCUCCAUGCUACUGCCCAGAGGACGACUGCACCUUCAAAGCGCCGGCAUGUUGCCUGCUGGACCACUUCGUCACCGCACACGGAUGGUCGCCGACCAACUUGGGUUACAACAAGCCACUGAAGAUCCCCUUGGCACGAGACCGCCGGUUCACGCUUCUAGUUGGGGAGGACAUGUCCUUGUUCCUCCUGAUAAACACCCUGACCAGCAUCGGCAGUGCUCUCGCCGUGGUCUGCGUCAGGCCCCAUGAGUCUGAACCGAGCUAUUCGUGCAACAUCUCGGCUGCUGGUGGGAAAACCGAUGGGAGGCUUGUGUUCCAGAAGGAUCCUCACGUGUCAAGCAGCUCGCUGGCGGGUGGAGUUCAGAUGGGCAACUUCUUCUUGCUGGUUCCUCUGGAAUUCGCCGAGAGCUCAUCUGCUUAUGUAACACAGUUGUCCCAAUGGAAGACGCUCACCAUUGCCAGAUCAUUAGCAUUGAUCUUCAAGAUUUUGCAUGGUUUCCUCUCUCAGAAAAAUCUCCCGGGUGCCCACAGAGGACCUCCUAUAUGUCGCUCAUUGCGGCAAAGAGUCGGCGUUUCACAUAGGGCGGGACCUCCUAUAUGCCGCUCAAUGCGGCAAAGAGUCGGCGUUUCACACAGGGCGGCUCAGCUGGGCCUGCCCAUUUGCAGUGACACGGGGAGGCGUCGUGUUAGCGAAGUGAAAAACGCAGAAAAAAGAGGGCACGGGCAAAGCUUCUUUGGACGGAGGAAGUACAAUUUUGAGGCUAUUGAUCGUGAUUCCUAA